GGUUAGUUGGGUGGUGGCAGUGGUGCGCGUGGAAUCCAUUCCACAACGUACAGCAAAGGCAAAGCCAGAGGUUCCGUCUCCUCCUCCAUCAUCAACACGCCUAAGCAAAGGCUCCGGCUCCCGAUGCUUUCUCCCAUCUGUAAAUCUGUAAUCAACUCUGUUUGUUGAAGCAACCGAUUGUUCCAGUCCAGAACAUGUUUACUCGGAUUUUCGGCAAACCGAAGCAGGAGACCAAUGCUGUCGCCACCUUAGACAAGUUAAAUGAGACGCUUGAAAUGCUUGAGAAAAAGGAGAACGUACUCCAGAAGAAAGCUGCUGCAGAAGUUGAAAAGGCCAAGGAAUUCACCAGAGCAAAGAAUAAGAAGGCGGCUAUACAAUGUUUGAAGAGGAAGAGACUGUAUGAGCAACAAAUUGAGCAGCUUGGAAAUUUCCAGUUAAGAAUCCAUGAUCAGAUGAUAAUGUUAGAAGGUGCAAAAGCUACAACAGAGACUGUGGACGCAUUGAGAACUGGAGCAGCAGCUAUGAAAGCCAUGCAGAAAGCAACGAACAUUGAUGAUGUGGACAAGACGAUGGAUGAAAUAAACGAGCAGACGGAGAACAUGAAACUGAUACAGGAAGCCUUGGCUACCCCAAUUGGUGCAGCAGCCGAUUUCGAUGAGGAUGAGUUGGAAGCAGAGCUUGAAGAAUUGGAAGGUGCUGAAUUGGAGGAACAGCUUCUCCAGCCUGCAACAACAGCACCAGUUCAAGUACCCGCCGGCAGGCAACCUGCUCGGCCGGUGCCCCAAAAGCGGACCGCCGAGGAAGAUGAACUCGCGGCAUUGCAGGCAGAAAUGGCACUUUGAGCACAUUCUUUCCUACUCUUUCCCCCUAUAAUCUGAUCAAACAUGGUGCCAGUGCGGCAUCUGGUGUUGAUAACUUGAUGUAGCAAUGCAGUCAGUUGAUUGAUCAAGUAGCCGUAACAACAGUGUUUGGAAAUUGGGAAUCUCUCCACCUUGAGAGUUGACUGUAAACUCGGAUUAUAUCGUGUAUAAUAUGAGGCCAUUUCCAUGAAAUUUGCUUCGGUCGGGACAA